AUGGCCGAAGCCCAGGUCCAGCCCGCUUGUCUGAGUACGUCCAAGCCUCUUCCUCCAAACCCUCCGUCUCCCCCGUCGAAGCCCCGCGAUGCAUUUGGUGAGGGUGGUGAAGGCGACGAGCGCAACCCAAAUUCCGCGAAUGACCCAAGCUCCAACUGCAAAUCACCUUCGCUUGGUCUUCCCACCCUCCCAGGGGAACACGGAACCAUGUCCUUGCCGCCCGCUCUCCGCAGGCCCGAUUACAUCCUGACCGCUGCUUACAUGCUCAUUUCGCUCGAGCUGGCCUGGCUGACCCUCUGGAUUCUUCGCUCGCUAUAGUCGUGAUUGAUGGCUGGGGCAUUCCUUCAGACCGUUCGCCCAAAGAUGGCGAUGCUAUCGCUGCCGCCGAGACCCCUACUAUGGAUGCCUUCUCGCAGGACAAGGAACACUUUGUCGAGCUCGAGGCGUCGUCCAAUGCUGUUGGCCUCCCCAAGGGUCUAAUGGGCAACUCCGAAGUCGGCCACCUCAACAUCGGCGCCGGCCGCGUCGUUUGGCAGGACGUCGUUCGUAUCGAUGCGAAUAUCGAUGAUGGUACAUUUGCGAGCAACGCAGUCCUGAAGGAUCUGAUGGAGGGUGCCAAGAACGGCAACGGCCGUCUUCAUCUCUGCGGUCUUGUCUCCCACGGCGGCGUGCACGCCAAGCAGGACCACCUUUACGCCAUUCUCAAGGCUGCCAAGCAGUACGAGGUUCCCAAGGUCUUCAUUCACUUCUUUGGUGAUGGCCGUGAUACCGACCCUAAGUCCGGUGCUGCCUACAUGGAAGAACUCAUUGGCCAGUUGCAGGAAAUUGGCAUUGGUGAAAUCGCAACCGUUGUUGGCCGCUACUACGCCAUGGACCGUGAUAAGCGUUGGGAACGUAUCGAGAUUGCGCUGAAGGGUAUGAUUCUCGGCGAGGGCGAGGAGAGCACCGACCCCGUUCAAACCAUCAAGGAUCGCUAUGCCAAGGGUGGCUCCAAGGACAAGGAUGAGUUCCUGACACCCAUCAUUGUCGGUGGCCAGGAAUCCCGCAUCAAGGAUGAUGACACUGUCUUCUUCUUCAACUACCGUUCUGAUCGCGUCCGCCAGAUCACUCAAGUUCUGGGCAAUGUGGAUCGAUCCGUCCUCCCUGACUUCCCCUACCCUAACAUCAAGCCUCUCGUCACCAUGACUCGCUACAAGACGGACUACCCUUUCACCGUUGCCUUUGAGCCUCAGCACAUGGGCAAUGUUCUGGCCGAGUGGAUCGGCAAGCAGAAGGUCAAGCAGGUGCACGUGGCGGAGACUGAGAAGUACGCCCACGUCACCUUCUUCUUCAACGGCGGUGUUGAGAAGGUCUUCGAUCUUGAGGUCCGGGACGAGCGGGACCUGGUUCCCUCUGUCAAGUCUGUCGCCACCUACGAUGAGGCUCCCGAGAUGUCUGCCGCCGGCAACUACGAGAAGGCCAUCAUUGCCUGCAAAGCCACGGACGACGGUAUCAAGACCAUUUACGAGGCCUGCAAGGCGCACGGCUACAUUCUCUUCAUCACCUCUGACCACGGCAACGCUGAGGAGAUGAAGUUUGAGGACGGCAAGCCCAAGACGAGCCACACAACCAACAAGGUCCCGUUCAUCAUGGCCAACGCCCCCAACGGCUGGAGCCUCACCGAUCGUGUCGAGCUCAAGGACGGCAAGGUCAGGGAGCCCGUCCUCGGCGAUGUCGCGCCCACGGUCUUGCAGGCCAUGGGUCUGCCUAUCCCUGACGAGAUGACCGGCCAGAGCCUGCUCGUCCAGUCCAAGUCCGAGUCUGACAGCAAGAAGAGGCCUCAUGCUGAGUCUAACUGA